AUGAGUUCUGUUACAGAGAAAAGUGCUAAGUAUGCUCAGAUUGCUGCUGAGGAAGUGCCCAAGAGUCUUUACUGCCUUGGUGUUCGUCUCACUUUCAGAACUCUAAGUUACAGGGGAAGCUAUGCUGUGGCUUCUAAGCUCACCCAUAACAGUCUUUACCAUUUCUACUGCUCUCAACUCCAAGAAAAAUUCCGAUUUACUGCUGAGUUUAUUGAAAUGAGGCGAGCAGCAUUGGAUAUAUUUGUUAAUUGGAUAGCAUUACACCCUGAGCUUCAGCAUAGUGAGGAUCUUAGGACCUUUUUGCAAGCUGAUGAAGAGACAAUGGAAAGAUUCAGGUUUCGGGAAACUGGUAUAUUCAAGGCGAAGCCUGCUGAUCUAAUGCAAAUGUUUAGGGAUGUGCAAUCAAAAGUUAGUGAUGCUGCUCGCGGAAAGGAAAAACCUGUCGAAGAAACUACUCCUGAAUACGAGAAGCUUAAACAUUAUGUUUUUGAGCUUGAGAACCACUUAGCUGAGGCUCAGAAGCAUGCAUAUCGCCUCGUCAAGAGGCAUAGAGAGUUGGGUCAGUCACUGUUGGAUUUUGGCAAGGCUGUAAAACUUCUUAGGGCUUGUGAGGGUGAACCUACAGGAAAAGCCUUCUCUGAUCUUGGAACUAAAUCUGAACUGUUAUCGAUUAAGCUCCAGAAAGUGGCUCAACAAGUUUUGAUGAGCUUUGAGGAACCGUUGAAGGAUUAUGUUCGUUAUGUGCAAUCCAUCAAGAUGAUUUUCUCUAGCUUUUGCCUUUGGGAUUAGAUCCUGUUUAUGCACACUAGACAUGUCUGGACAUUAAACUCUACCCUCUUGCUUUCGUUUUGUGUAUUCAAGGCGACAAUAGCAUAACGAGGCACUGCAUUCAGGCAACAUUGUGAAUUGGCAGAAACAACAAAGUUAAAGGAAAUAAACCUUGACAAACUCAUGCUCACACGUUCUGACAAAGUAGGAGAAGCUGAGAAGGAAUACAGAGAGGUAACAACAACAACUCCAACUUAAAAUGAUUUCUCUUUGACCAUAUCUGGUGGUGCUUAGGAAGCAACGAUAAGAUUUGAGAGGAUGGUGAAGAGAAUGAAAAGAGAUAGUGAGGUUCUCAAUGCUCAAUUAUACCUUUUUAUAAGGCCUUGUAAAACAAACUAUAAAAGAAUGAUGUUCUUUAAUAAGCAAAAAAAUGGUGGAAGGUUAAUUUGGUGAUUUAUAAACUCUUAUAAAUAGAUUUAAACCUUGUAAAUUAAUUUAUAAACACUUAUAAAUAAAUGUAUAAACUCUUAUAAAUAGCUUAUAAGUUCUUGUAAAUAGUUUUAUAAACCCUUUUAAAUAGUUUUAUAAACUUCAUAAAUAGUUAUAUAAAUAUUUAUAUGUGUUUUAUAAACUUUAUAGAUGGUUGAUACAAGGUUUUAUAAGCUCUUAUAAAAUUUAUAAAUGGUUCAUAAAUGGUUUUAUAAACCUUUAUAAAUAGUUAUAUAAAUAUUUAUAUGGUUUUAUAAACCUGUAUAUUUUUUUUAUAAACCCUAUAUAAACUCUUCAAAACCCAUUAAAACCUUUUAUAAACCCUUACAAAUUCUAUAUAAAAUCUUUAUAAACACAUGUAAGUGAUUUUGUAAAACCUUUAUAAAUUUUAUAAACCAUUGUAAUCAUUUUAAACAUUUUGUGAUGACUUGAAAAAAAAAACUUAUGGGAGCUACAAAGCAGUUUCAAUAUGUUCUUACUGUGAGAUCAGAGGUUAGAUUUGUACCUGAGCUUCUUCUUUUGGAGAUGAAGUGUUUAAUUCCUUUUAGGAGUUAUGAUAGUUAGAGGUGAUCUUGCAGUAGAAUGUGGAUGGGGGAGAUUAGCUAAUAUACAAGAAGAGAUUAUAGCUGUUUGCAAAGUUGCUAGUGUACGUGAUUUGGCGACUCAGGUUAUUUAAAUUGCUUGUCAAUGGUCUUCCAGCUCGAGCUGAGAUCACAUAUGCUGCAAAUGGCGGAAGGUCAAAAAUAUUUCACCAAAAGUAAACAUGAUCCUGCUAAACAUUUCUUUGUCUAACUAUGAAGUUUGAAUAUUUUUGCAGGGCAAGCUGUGUGAUGUUGAACAAAGGCAAGCAUAUAGUUGAAGUUGUUUCGACGUUGGACACUAUCCUUCAAUACCAAGCUUAUCUAUAAGAAACCAGACUCUAAGAAACUACACUACUGAUGAUGCUGAUCACUGGAAAGAGAAUUUGUAGUUUGCUUGGUCCGUCCAUGAACUGGGUGUGUCCGGUCUAGUAUUUUGUGCAUACAUCCAAAACAUCAAGUAUUUUGUAACAGAGAGAAUAUUUGAGAAUAUUUAUAAGAGGUUUAUAUAUACUUUCUAAGAGGUAUAUAUAUCAUUUAUAAGUGUUUACAUUAUUAAUAAAAAUUCAUAAACCAUUUUAAAUCAUUUAUAAGAGUUUAUAAAUUAUUUAUAAGGGUUAAUUGAAUUGUUUAUAAGAUAUUACAAAUCAUUUGUAAUGGUUUAUUAAUGAUUUGUAAUGGCUUAUAAAUGAUCUAUAAUGGUUCAUAGAUCAUUCAUAAGAUGUUUAUAUAUCACUUUAAGGGUUUAUAAAUAGUUUAUAUAGUGUUAUAAACCGUUUAUAUAAUUUUAUAAAUGAUUUAUAAAACCUUAUAAAUGAUUUAUAAAAACUUAGAAAUGAUUUAUAAAAACUUAUAAAUGAUUUAUAAACAAUAUAAUGAUGUGGGAAUCAUGAUAACUUUCACUCCAAUGGUUUUUAGUAAGAAAAUAAAUGUUUAUAAGAGUAAGCAUCAGUUUACUUCAAAGUAGAAAUGGUUGAUUUUAAGUAAAAUAGAGUAUAGAAGGAUUUGGGUAAUUUAAAUUUAAAAGAAACCGUAAAAUGAUUUAUAAAGACUUAUAAAUCAUUUAUCAGGCAUGAUUCAUAAACUAAUUUGUAAGGGUUUAUAACUUAUUUUAUAAAGAUUGAUAUAUUAGCUAUAAAAUUUUAUAAAGGCUUUUAAAUUAUUUAUAAUAGUUCAUAAAUAUUUCUUAAUCAUUUAAAAUAUUUUACGACUCAGCUAUAGAUAUUUAUACAUCAUUUUGUAACGAUUUAGAAAUCAAUUAUAAAGAUUUAAAAAGACUCUUAUAAAUAAUUUAUAAGCCUUAAAAAAGUUAUAAUGAUCUAGUAGGGUCCUAUAAAUCAUAUACAGGUGCUCAUAGAUAAUUUUAUAAACGUUUAUAACUAAUAUUAUAAGAGUUGAUAAAUGGUUAUAGAGUUUAUAAGUUAUUUUUAUAAGGGUUUAUUAAUAUUUUUAAAUACUUCUAAAUCAUUUAUAAGAGAGUUCAUAAAUAUUUAUAAAUCAUGUAUAAGAGUUUAGAAUUCAGUUAUAAUAAUUUAUAAAUCAUUUUAUAAAGGUUUAUAAAUUAGUUAUAAAAAUUUAGAAAGUAAGGGUUCUUCUGGCUUUCCUUCGACUCUAUAUAAAUAUUAAGACAUAAGGGUUCUUAAGUAAGUGAUGUUACAAAGUAUGUACCCAAAGCAAUCAAAAGAGGUUUGGUGUUAAGCCAAUUUACACUAUAUUAUAUACCCUGAAAAUGAAACACGCUCUCCUGGUUUAGCUCCAGUAGGUGGUAGCAAUGGUUCCACCACUGAGUGGUCUUCAUUUGAAGCACAAAGAACCUGUAGCAAAGAAACCAUUAACAAAAAAGAAGGGCAAAUGUGAAAAGCUUACAAUAUUUUGAUCGUUGAUUAACUGGAUUGAUGCAGAUAGAAGAAAGUCUUACCAUCCUCCUGACAUAACAUCUCGUAGCUAUUCAGGUUUGACAUUUGUGAUGAGCGCAACAAGCCGGUUCUUCGUCAUCAUAACAAAUCAACCAAGGAACAACAGAUAAGUAAGCUUUUAAGUUUCAAGAACCUGACCAUUACAUCGAUUGAUAAACCAAAACUAUACGCAUACAACCAAAGAUUCUUUUAUUUAUUAGUAAAUUAAGACAUCACUAUACCAUACUAUACUCACACAGCACCUACCAAAACAUACAAGUAAAGCGACGUAUCCAUAAGCAACAAUUGAAGUGAUGAGGCGUUCCUCUCCUUUCAGUCGAGUAAGAAAUACCUCACCCAUUUACCACUGCCUUCUUCCCUGGAGGGAGAUCACCUUGACCGGGCUCUUCACCAUAGAACUUUGACUCGAAAAAGAUCUUUAUUUGUUUAUAAACUCUCCUUGUGGAUGGUUGGACGAAUUAUCCGAAGAGGGUCGCAGUGGAAGUGCAGUGAUGUAUGCAGCUGAGGCAUCCUAACAGAUUUAUACAAAGAAGAGUAUACACAAACAUAUACAUACCAAUACAUGACCAUUCUUUUGUUGGCUUUUGUAUUGAAUCUGAACGAGAACAUGUAUACAAUUAAACACAGAUAAAUAAAAGCAUCACCAAUCUUAAGAGAAUGAGUAAUAGAGUACCUCUCUUGGUCCAUAAACAGCUGCAAUUACUUUUGAAUUACCCAUCUAGAAAACAUCAGAAUUAGACAAGAACAACAACAGAAGUUUGAGUUUUUAAUUCAUGCAAGUGCCAAAUUAGAACUGAGAUAAAAGAUAGGAAUAAGAUCCGUGUUUACCAAAAUUGUUUGUGAGAUUGGGGCUGAUCUCAAUCAAAGCUUCUAGUAACAAAAUGAAUACUCUUCUAGUCUUCUUCCAUCGAUGGCUAUGGCGGAAGGGUAACAGUGGUAACAGCCUUCAAUCGCUUCAAGAACCAAAGUUUCUGGAUUCAAUGAGGAUCACAUCGCUCAUGGAAGCUUCGGUUUUGAUUGAUAAUCGCUUCUUCGUGCUGUUAAGUUUAACUAGGUAUUGAAUCUCGUAAAGGAGUCGAUAUUUUAGAGGUUUUGAAUUGGGAUUCUCUGGAAUUUCUUUUGUCGCCGCUGCGUGAGAGAAAGAGAGGGCGGAUCCCGACGGUGACUCCGAGAGAAGAUAGAUCUCAAAAAGAGAGAAGAAUCGAUGAUUGAGGAGAAGAUAAAGUAAGAGUAGUACUCCCCCUAGUAGUUUUACCUAAAAGCACAAAUAUUUAGAAAGUUGUUAUUUAAAAAAAUAUAUCAUUUAAUCAAUUAAUUCAACCAAUUAUAAAAAAUUUGACAUUAUUUUAUUGGUCACACAAUAUCCAAUAAAUGAAAAAAGUGCAUUGAAAUAUGUAAAUUACUUAUAUGGUGAAACAAACUUUUUUUGCUAAAACUACCUACAUUUAAAAACAGAGGGAGUAUCUCUUUUGCUCAUUAAUGAAAUUGCUCAUUAAUGAAAAUGGUAUUUAUGAAAAUAUCCCUAGAUUGAUGGUAAAAUUGAAUUGUGGUAUCAAACAAAGUGUAUAAGUAAAAUUUCUCCAUAACCUUAAUGAAUUAAGUUAAUUAUUAUAAUAAUAUUUUUAUUUAACUUUUUCUUUGUUAAUAUUUGUUUCCAAAUCACCUUAUUCUGAUAAUGUAAUAUCUUUCUUAUAAACAUAUAGCUUUCUAUUAAUUUAAUUAAACAAAUUUAAAUUUAUACAAAUCAAAAGGAAAUUUAAUAGAGAAUGCAAUAUCUACAUUAAAUAUAAAUAUAAAUAUAUAUCAAUUUUUAUAUUUAAAGUAUGUAAUUUAAUAAUAAACAACACGAGACCGAAUAGAAUUCAUAUAGCAUGCUUAUGUUCCAAAUGUAAUACGUGAUACCAUAACACUUGAUUUCUUUGAUCAUUAAUAAAAUCAAAUUUCGUGGAAAAAUAAAAUAAAAGAAAAAUGUAUUUAUCUCUACUAUAUAAAAGGAACUAAAUUAGAAGAUUUCUAGGCAUGCCACAUCAGCACAAAUAUUUAGAGCCAAUCAAAGUUACACAUCAGCACACUAAACGUGAGUUUCAUGAAAAAUAUUUUGAAGCCCAAUUUAGACUCCCGGCCCAAAUUCUCUUUCUUCUCCGCCUUGCCAAAGGAAAUUCUAACGGCGACAGUUCUUGUGUUCUCUGGUGAAACGCCUUUUCCCACGACAAUGAAUCAUCAACCUUGCUUCAUUAAUUUCUUCAUUAAUUUCUCAAUACCAAACAAAUGUUCUCUUCACCUUCCCCGUUGUUCUCUUCACCUUCCCCGAGCUUCCCACUAUAAAAUCAACUCUGCAUAUAAGAAAAAGCAGAAGAUAUCGCAUCCAUGGUUUUCAACAAUGUUGCUACAGGUUGGGAGAGACCAUAAUUAUCUUCAAGCUCAUACAUUUUUGGCAAGUUUAAUUGCAACACGCAAUGAGGAGUCUCUGAUUGGUGUAGAGAUGCUGCUCAUCUACAAACAGGUGGGAUUCUAUUUACUAUUCAUAUAUUCUCUCUUUUCAAGAAUCAGAAC